AAAAAGAUGGGCUGGAUCACAAGUUCCACCCCCAUCAGCUCUUGCCUACUUUAAAUUCCUGCAGACAAAGCACAUUUUCUAUAACACAGUAGCUUUGGAUCAGUGGAAGAAAUGGCUAACAGGGAGAAAUUUGCUGAACAUGUAAAUAAAAUGAUAGAUGACCUUAAGGAUUUACAACAAGACAAAUUGUUGUUUAGAUACAAUGGGGUCUUAUAUCCUUCUUUAAUGUGUAACCAAGAGACGUUUGAAGCACUAAACUCUUUUGAGACAAGAGAAGAUGAUAUUAUGUUGGCAGCGUAUCCCAAAUGUGGAACAAACUGGACUCUUCACCUAUUAGAGGACAUGGUUCAUGCUGUGCACAAAAAGGACCCAACUGGAUUUAUACCUGUAUUAGAAUUUACUGGAGAAAACAAAUUUGAGAAAUUUAAAGAAGAGGCUUCACCAAGAAUUCUGGUAACACAUUUAAGUUAUGAUGGCAUUCCAAAAAACCUCUUUAAUAAGAAAUAUAAGAUUUUAGUUGUAUUUCGGAAUCCAAAAGAUACAGCUUUAUCCUACUACCAUUUCUAUAAAAACAACCCAGUUUUUCCAACAUACAGUUCCUGGGACACAUUUUUUGAAGAUUUCAUGACCGGAAAUGUUUGCUGGGGGUCAUAUUUUGAUCAUGUACUUGAAUGGAACAAACAUAUUGAUGAUGAAAAUAUUAUGAUAGUGACGUUUGAAGAAAUGAAAGAGGACCUGGAGGCAGCAAUAAAAAAGAUGUCUUUAUUCUCUGGGUUCUCUCUGAGUGAGGAGCAGAUACAGAGCAUUGCUGAUAAGGGCACCUUCAAGUCCAUGAAGGAGAAAUCUGAAAAAACUCAUGGUGCAUUUGGAAAAGUUCUUUUUAGAAAAGGUGAAGUUGGAGACUGGAAAAACAUAUUUACAGAGGCUCAAAACCAAGAAAUGGAUGCAAAAUUUGAACAGUGUUUAGCUGGAACGAAACUAGGAGAAAUGUUGCAGUACAACGUGUACUGCAAAUAAUGAACACAGAAACCCAGUGUAUUGAUUAUUCUAUGGGUUUUUGCAUAUAAAUCGUUUUAAAAAUGUCCCUUUGUUCAUACCAUUACUUAUUAAAGUGUAUUAAUGCAUUAUAAGAAAACUACCUCUUUUUGAAUUUUAAAAGUGACAUGAUGGUGUAACAAACAAGAAUGUGCCAGUGCAUUUUACUCUUUUACAUAAAAGGAUUGUGCUUUAAAAA